AUGGGGGGCUCCUACAGUACAGAGGUGCCUGGCGGAGGAACAGAAGGAUAUCACGUUUUGAGGGUUCAAGAUGGUUCUCCAGGCUUCAAAGCAGGAUUGGAAGCAUUUUUUGACUUUAUUGUCGCUAUUGACAGUACUAGGCUUAACCAGGAUAAUGACACACUGAAAGAGUUACUCAAGAACAAUGUAGAGAAGCCUGUGAAAAUGACUGUUUAUAGUAGUAAGAGUCAAUCUGUUCGUGAAGUGACCAUUACACCAAGCCACAAAUGGGGAGGGCAAGGCUUGCUUGGAGUCAGUAUACGAUUCUGCUCAUUUGAAGGUGCUAAUGAAAAUGUAUGGCACAUUCUGGAGGUUCAUCCCAAUUCCCCAGCUGACCUGGCCAGCCUCAGGUCUAAUACAGAUUAUAUCAUUGGAGCUGACUCUGUUUUACAUGAGUCUGAAGAUUUGUUCUCUUUGAUUGAAUCCCAUGAAGGCAAACCUUUGAAGCUAUAUGUCUACAAUACAGAAACUGACAGCUGCCGAGAAGUAACUAUCACUCCAAAUAAUGAGUGGGGAGGAGAAGGAAGUCUUGGAUGUGGCAUUGGUUUUGGUUAUUUGCACAGAAUACCAAAACGUCAAUUCCCUACAGAGAAGAAUGAAACAUCUAUAAUCCCAGCAGCAGCUGCAGCAAUUACAACUACUACUACUAAAAAUGCAGAUGGUUUUUCAGAAGUUUCUUUGACUUCAACAACUCCAAGUUUGACUGAAGGAAUUGCAAACAUGUCAUUAAAUACAGGUGUGCCUACAAUACCUGUUCUAAAUAAUCCAGCUGAUGCAGUGGCUGGAGCUGCCAGUGCACCCAAUCAGUUACCUUUAGGAAGUACUUUUACAUUGCCUCCUGGAUCAACAUCCACUCUUCCUCCUCCAACAGCUUUGCCAAAUAUUCCAAACUUGUCAUCGCUUCCACCUCUCACAACACCAAUCUCAAUACCUGGGUUUCCAAGUGUAUCUAUGCCAGCAUUUUCCACAGCUAUGAUAAACCCAGGAGCUGCAGCAUCUAUGGCACCUCUCCAACCAACAAUGAUGCCACCAAUAUCGCUGCCCCCUAACCUGACAACACUGCCCAGUGGACUGGCAGCUGCAUCUCCUGCUGUCCCUAUUAACUUGUCAUCUGGUUUGAGCUUUCCACCCAUCUCACUGCCAGCAGCUGCAACUACCACUGUUCCUUUGAUUCCAGCAUCAGCCACACUUGCACCUUCUGUUCCAGUCCCCAAUGAUGUAACUAGUGCAGCAGCUGCUGCAGCAGCAACGACAACACUCAUUGCAGAACCUGAGCAGACAAGUGAUGCUGCAGUUGUCUCACCUAUGACCUCUACAGCAAACAUUCUUGAGCGGUACCUCACAAAUGGUGUUGGAAUGGGAGGCAACGUCAACUGCUCUUGCAUAUCUAUCUAUCUAUCUAUCUCCCUCCUUUGUGUUGGCUGCCUCAUAUAG